ACAGUGACAAUUCUUCCGGUGCGCGUGAGGAAGGGAUUAAACGUCCGUCUCGAGCUGCUCUCUUUCCGUGAAAGAACGGCAGCCCAUCGCGUUUACCGGCGUUUACAACCGGAGCGGCGUCCUGACGACUUGUUCGUUAACUCCCCGAGCUGUUAAUGAGUUAGGGAUGAACUGAAAAUGAAUGUCAACCAGCAACCUCACUUGGCCUCUCCCUACGGGCAGCCCCAGCCUGGCUAUCAGCGCUACCCCCAGCCUGGCUAUCAGCGCUACCCCCAGCCUGGCUAUGGGAGCGGGCACAUGCCAGUGGGCUAUCCCGAUCAGAACACACCUUAUAACGGGCCGGGCUCUGCCUACCAACAAGGUCCACCACAAGGAUAUUCUCCUUAUGCAAGCUUUCCCUCUAAGAAUCUCGCAACAAACUUAGUCUCUGACCUGUCCUCCUCCUCUCCUCUUGACCUAGGUAUGAGAGGACCCCCCACCUCAGGGGCACCACCUGUCUCUGAUGCCCAGAGCUAUUCUCCGUUUGGGCAAGGAGACAUUCAGAAUGGACCACCUCCGAUGGGUGCUCCACCACAGAGGCCUCCAGUGUCUCAAACGUACACUUCGGGAGCAGUGAAUCUGUCUGGUCCUCAGCCCCCGUAUGUCCAACAGUUUGGAGCUCCACCAGUCAGCGUGCAGCAAAUGACCAAUCAGAUGGCCAGCAUGCAGGUUGGCUCCACUGCACCCUCCCCUGCUGGCCCAGGCUAUGCCCCUCCCUCAGUAUCCCAGGCUCCUAUCUCAGCUGCCUACACACCUGCAGCUCCUCACACUUUUUCACCUUCUUCAGCUGCUCCCACGCAUCUUCUGCCUACUGAAGGUGUGGCUCAGCCUCUAUCUCAGUCUUACUAUGGAGCGCUGCCUCCUGCCCAGCAGCCUUUCCCAAAUACUGCCCCAGCUUUCUCCACUGCUGGCCCAACCCAGCCCCAAGCUCCACCUCCUGUCACUCAGCAAUCCUUCCCUCAAACUCCACCUGUGUCUCAGCCUCCUUUUUCCACAGCCCCCUCUCUAGGCCCCACCCAGUCAUAUGGUGGCCCACCUCCUCCAGCACAGCCCUCUUUCCCAAGACCACAGCAUCCCACCUCCCAGCCAUCUGUGUUCCCUGGAGGUCCACCGCCCACCUCUGCUCCAUCUCAGCUCCCAGGACCCAUGUCAUCCCAUCCACCAGUUUCCCAACCCUCUCCUUAUCACUCAGGUCCCCCUCCAACCACUACCGGGUUUCCACCACAAGGGGGUGCUCCACCAAGGCCUCCUCUUGCUGGAAUGCAGGGCCCUCCUAUGGCAUUACAAGGGCCUCCAAUGGCACAGGCAAACCAUGUACCCCCUUCACAACCUGGCAUACCACCUGGUCCUCCCAAUGCUGGCAUGUCAGGGCCACCACAACAGCCAGGAAUGCAGGGAUAUCCGCCUCAGCAAAAUGGUGCUUUCGGGCAAGUCAGAGGGCAUCAGCCUGGCUAUGCAGCACCAUAUUCUGGGCAACAAAACUACGGCGCACCUCCUGCUGCACCUGCUUCAGCACCACCUGCCCCAAAGAGGCUUGAUCCUGAUUCAAUCCCAAGCCCGCAAGCCUCUGACAUGCCGCCUGUGCAGAAAACAAGACAUAGAAUAGACCCAGAUGCAAUCCCCAGUCCAAUUCAGGUUAUCGAGGAUGACAAAGCAAACAAGGGAAAUGAACCUUUUACCACAGGGGUCAGAGGUCAAGCCCCACCUCUUGUCACAACCAACUUCCAGGUCAGAGAUCAAGGUAAUGCAAGUCCACGCUACAUCCGAUGCACAGCUUAUAACAUGCCCUGCAAUUCUGACGUGGCCAAACAGUCCCAGGUUCCCCUUGCUGCUGUCAUCAAACCCCUGGCUACUCUGCCACCAGAUGAAACACCGCCAUAUCUCGUGGAUCAUGGAGAAAGUGGUCCCAUCCGCUGUAAUCGCUGUAAGGCCUACAUGUGUCCUUUCAUGCAGUUCAUUGAAGGUGGCCGUCGCUUCCUUUGUGGCUUCUGCAGCUGUGUCACCGAGGUGCCUCCCCAUUUCUUCCAGCAUCUGGAUCACACAGGGAAGAGAGUGGACUGCUACGACCGACCAGAGCUCUCUAUGGGCAGUUAUGAGUUUACGGCUACUGUGGACUACUGUAAGAAUAACAAGUUUCCUCAGCCACCAGCCUUCAUCUUCCUGAUUGAUGUGUCCUAUAACGCAGUGAAGAGUGGCCUGGUGGGAAUUGUGUGCCAGGAGCUGAAGACUCUGUUGGAUUACUUGCCCAGAGAGAACCCUGAUGUGGAAUCAAACAUUCGAGUUGGCUUCGUCACCUACAAUAAAGUACUUCAUUUCUAUAACGUAAAGGCCUCUCUUGCCCAGCCACAGAUGAUGGUUGUGUCAGAUGUGGCUGACAUGUUUGUACCCCUAUUGGAUGGAUUUCUGGUCAAUGUUUCAGAGUCCAGGGUGGUGAUUGAGAGUUUGUUGGAUCAGAUCCCUGAGAUGUUUGCUGACACACGGGAAACGGAGACUGUGUUUGGGCCUGUCAUUCAGGCAGGGCUGGAGGCGCUCAAGGCUGCAGACUGUGCCGGAAAGCUCUUUGUUUUCCACUCUUCUCUGCCUAUUGCUGAGGCCCCAGGCAAACUGAAGAACAGGGAGGACAAGAAACUAGUGGGCACUGAUAAAGAGAAGUCAUUAUUCCAGCCACAGGUUAGUUUUUACAACACUCUAGCCAAGGAGUGUGUGACCCAGGGUUGCUGUGUGGACCUCUUCCUCUUUCCCAAUCAGUAUGUUGAUGUAGCAACUUUAGGUGUGGUCCCCACUUCAACAGGAGGCUCCAUCUACAAAUACACCUACUUCCAGGCCUCAACUGACCAGGAGCGGUUCCUCAAUGACCUGAGGAGAGAUGUGCAGAAGCAGAUGGGUUUUGAUGCAGUGAUGAGGGUCCGCACUAGCACCGGUAUCCGGGCAACAGACUUCUUCGGUUCCUUCUACAUGAGCAACACCACAGAUGUUGAGCUGGCAGGACUGGACUGUGACAAGACUGUUACCGUGGAGUUCAGACAUGACGACAAGCUCAGCGAGGAGACUGGAGCUCUAAUGCAGUGUGCUGUUCUGUACACUAGCUGCAGUGGUCAACGACGGCUUCGGAUCCAUAAUAUGGCAGUGAACUGCUGCUCUCAGCUGGCAGACCUGUACAGGAACUGUGAGACCGACACCAUCAUCAGCUUCUUUGCCAAAUAUGCAUAUCGCAGUGUACUCAGCAGUCCUACUAAGAAUGUACGUGACAGCUUGGUGAAUCAGUGUGCACAGAUCUUAGCCUGUUACCGCAAGAACUGUGCCAAUCCAUCUUCAGCAGGACAGUUGAUCUUGCCGGAGUGCAUGAAGCUGCUGCCUGUGUAUCUAAACUGCGUUUUGAAGAGUGAUGUUCUGCAGCCUGGUGCAGAUGUCUCCCUUGAUGACCGUGCCUACUUAAGACAGCUUGUCAGCGCCAUGGACGUGGCCGAUAGCCAUGUGUUUUUCUACCCUCGCCUACUUCCACUGCAAAAGCUGGAUGUUGAGAGCACGUCUCUGCCUGUAGCAGUGAGAGACUCCGAGGAGAGACUUUCAAGAGGAGGAGUGUACCUGUUAGAGAACGGGCUGAACCUUUUCCUCUGGGUGGGGGUCAGUGCCCAGCAAGAGCUGCUCCAGAACAUCUUUGGAACAACUUCCUUCAGCCAGAUAGAUCCCAGCAUGACAUCUCUGCCGGCUUUGGAUAAUCCUUUUUCAAAGAGACUGAGGGAGAUUAUCGAGUCUGUCAGGGCCAAACGUUCUCGAUACAUGAAGCUUAUGGUGGUGAAACAGGAAGACAAACUGGAGAUGAUCUUCAAGCACUUCCUUGUAGAGGAUAAGAGCAACAGCGGUGGGGCCUCUUAUGUGGACUUCCUGUGUCACAUGCACAAGGAGAUUCGUCAGCUCAUGAGCUAGGAGCAUCACCCCCCCACCCCCUCGCUCAGAUGUGCUUUAUCUUUUUAUUUGACAUAAUAAACAAAAUCCCUUUGCCCAUCAUCUACUCUUCCUCAGAUAUUAUCUCAUUCACCGUGACUCGCGAGGAAGAAGCCACCUUGUAAAGGAAACAUUGCUCCAUCAGAUUAUGAUGUUCUUUUGGUUUUAGUGGUGGGAGAUUAGACCCGACCUUCUCUCUGGUGAUGGCAGGUUUGUGAGACUGUGUAUGUGUGUCAAUGUGUGUGUGUUUGGGAGCUUAUCUGAGGUCAGGUUGCAAAGCCUCUAUUAGAGCUUAAAGGGUUCGGUUCAGCCCAAAAUCAAAAAUCUGCAUUUACCCACCCUCAUGUCAUUCCAAAACCGUAUGACUUUCUUUCGUGAAGGUGAGUAAAUUAUAGAAAUUUCAUUUUUGGGUUAACUGUUCCUUUUAAACCGCUUUAUGAAACUAACAGUGUCUUCAGAACAGCUACUGGGUUUUAGAGAGCGUUUGUGCACGCAUAUGCGUGAUGUUUGACUGUGAACGUCAAUGUUGAUUGUACUGGGUGUUCUGUGAGAAACACUAGCACUGAUUUAUGGUCUCUAGGUACCAAGGGACAGAAAAUUAAACUGCAUUAGAAAUUAAUCUAGACCUUCUCUAAAUACAGUGAACUUGAAAUCCCUCGUGUUAUUCCAAUGCGAAAGAUAUUUUAGAAAAAGAAGCAUUUCCUUACCCAAUUAUUUGUGUUUUCAGCUUCAGUUCUUUUCUCUCUUAAUGUUGGCCUUACUGAUACUGUCUAUCCUUUCACAUCCAUUAUUCUGUUUGUCUCUGUCAUUGUCACCUGUUUAAUGAGUGCGAAAGCCCUCAACUAGUAGACUCUAUGGGACUUUGAAGUGUGCUGUUAAUUGUUUAAAAUGUGUUUUUCUCAGAAAACAUUCUAAAUAAAAGUCUAUGCAUCAACGUAUCUUUAAAAAAAAAAAAAAAAAAAAAAAAAAAAGAGGGAAGGCAGUACAAGAACCUGAUGUCUAAAUGAUUUGGUAGCCAAAUAUAUCUGUACCCUUCUGUUUUGCUUGUAAUGUCGCCCUCAGCAUCCAUAAUAUGGGGGAUAGACCUAAAACUGAUAUGCUAUAGUGUCAUUCAUGUAUCUGAUCUUUGGAUGCCUCUCCAACCGAAUUUCAUAUGAGCUUCUCAGAAGGAGAAGGGGAGUUGUCAAGAUCCUUCAACAGAUGGUUCCAUAAUUGGGCAUAUAUUACCGAAGCAAGCGUGAAUGCUUCUGGUGUUUGAUCAAUUCCCUAUUACAUUUUCUUUUCUGUAUGGCCUGUUAGUAACCAAUACUACAAAUGUGCUUGAUCAUCAUGUAUCAUAUACGAUUUAUUAUGCUCUAAAUCUGUUUGAAUUGUUUAUGAUCUUGGAGCAGGUGGAGUCGAGUUGCUGAGUGCUGGCUUGAGCUCUCCUGCUCUGGGUUUGGGUCUCUAGGGUAUUAAUCUUUGUGCAAUGGAAUCCUGUGCUGAGAGUGGAGUGUGGGACUCAUUUAGAAACUGAUAAUUUCGAACCGUUUUUCAAAAGCUAGCGAUGUUUUCAAGCACAUACAGAAUUGUGACCUUAAAAGCAAUCAACACUGAAUACCUUGUCAUCACAUUUAUUACAUGUACAGAAUUAAAAAUGACAUUUUAAAAACUG